UACGAAAUCUAUGUUCCGUCCUGUCAGCCACACAACUUUAAAAUCUAGUAGAUGCAUAAGUCUAGGACAAAAUCUGGGCUAACUCCAAUAUGGCGAGUUCUCUCUUGUCUCUCACCUCCAAACCACCAUCAAUCACCCGUCUACGCCACCAACGUCCACCACUAACCACCGUCCGUGUCAGUGCUGCAACCGUCACUACAACCACCGGGAUGCCAGACCACCACCACCCUUCACUCGAAAUCACUGGUGGAGGAGCUGAUCGCUUUCUCCCUGCUUUCAACACCAUUCACCUUCCUUACAAGCCUUUCCCCAUCAUUGGUUGGAACCGCCAUCUUGAGACCAUAUUUGCUGCCUUCUUCCGUACUGUCCCCGAAGUUAAGUACCGCCGUGAGUGCCUCCGGACCCAAGACAAUGGCACCAUAGCCUUGGAUUGGGUCUAUGGCGACCACCGCAGCUUGCCUUCCGACUCUCCGAUCCUCAUUUUACUGCCAGGGCUAACUGGAGGGAGUCAAGAUUCAUAUGUGAAGCAUAUGCUGGUGAAAGCUAAGAGCAAAGGCUGGAGGGUUGUAGUGUUCAAUAGCAGGGGCUGUGCAAAUAGUCCUGUUACUACUCCUCAGCUCCAAACAGCUUCAUUCACAGCAGAUACUUGUCAUGUAGUAGAUCAUGUUUCAUCUAGGUACCCCAAAGCAAGUAUUUAUGCUGUUGGUUGGUCUCUUGGAGGCAAUAUCCUUGUCAAUUACUUGGGAAGGGAGCACCAUAGGUGCUCUCUCUCUGGUGCUGUAUCACUGUGCAAUCCUUUCAACUUAGUGAUUGCAGAUGAAAAUCUCCGAAAGGGCUUCAACAAUAUUUAUGACAGAGCACUUAGGGGAGGUCUUUCUAGAACUUUUGACAAACAUGCUUCCCUCUUCGAAGAAAUGCAUGAUGAAUAUAAUGUCCAAGCGGGUUUGAAUCCUCGUACCGUACGGGAAUACGAUGAAGCAAUAACACGAGUGUCAUUAGGUUACAAGUCAGUGGAUGAAUAUUACUCAAAUUCAUGUAGUUGUCAUGUCGUACAACAUGUCCGGAUCCCUUUGCUUUGCAUCCAGGCUGCAAAUGAUCCAAUUGCGCCCAUUGAGGCAACUCCUUACUCAGAUAUCAAGGACAACCCGAACUGCAUGCUGAUAGUAACACCCCAGGGUGGUCAUUUAGGCUGGGUUGCCGGUGAUGACGCACCCUUUGGAGCUCCCUGGACUGAUAAUGUGGUGAUCGAAUUCCUUGAACAUCUGCAAAAGAAUGCAUCUAAACCCGAAUCAUCUUGAGCUAUGGAGAUAGAAAACUCUGCGGCAGGAUUCAGAGGGCUUGCAUCAAACAAUAACUAGAGUAAGCAAAGAGCAUCUGUACACGUUGUAAACAUCUAAUCUUUGAAUGUACAAUCAUAACAUGUGAGCUCCAUUAGAAAAAAAACUUGAAUGAUCUGAUUCACAUUGUUCAUGGAGAUUAGUGAAUCAUACAUUAUGUUCAAGAAAUGUGUUACUGAACAUCGAAAACGAUCAGAGGAACUUUGACUGAUCAUUUUCCAAUCACUUCCUUCAAUAGUUGAUGAACUCAGGGGUCUUGAAUGCUAAUAAUAAUCCAAAGUUUGUUGUAUUGUGAAAA